UCCAAACAUUGAAUUAUGGAGCAUUUCGGGUCAUUUCUUCCGCAUUGCACUGCAUGAAACAAAAACAAGCUGUGACUUUGUUUAUACACCACAAAAAAUCUCUCAUUUUUUUCUUCCUCUUCUGGUUGUGAAGUUGUGAUCUCAAGAAAAACGUCGUUCAUGCACUCAAGUCGUAUUAUUUAUACAUCGCGCCACGUUAUUGAUGAUGCACAAUGCAUUCAUUCUUUAGUAAACGCACAAUGGUUGCCACAAUUUUAAUUUGCAUCUUUUUGCUCUACAUUACAUUUACAUUUAACUCCUGUUUAAUGCCAUCCAUACGACGGUCACUGCAAAAAAAUAACGUAUACGAAAAUGAUGAGCCAAAGAAGAAGACAACGUCAAGUAAUUGCAGUGAAGUGCUUGAAAUUCGGCUGGUCGACACGGUUGUUAGAAAUGUUCCAUUGACUGGAUUGAACGACGGUGAGAACACUUCAAAAUAUCGUUUGCUUAGCGAACAUGGUGAACGAUUAAAUCGACAUUUGCCGAAAGUGCUUAUAAUUGGGAUUAAGAAAAGUGGAACACGAGCUUUAUUGGAGUUCAUUCGAUUGCAUCCACUUGUUCGUGCAGCGGGUUCAGAGGUGCAUUUUUUUGAUCGGCACUAUCAACGCGGAUUACAUUGGUAUCGCGGUCGUAUGCCAACAACGAUUGACGGACAGAUUACAAUGGAGAAGACCCCUUCCUAUUUUAUAACCAAAGAGGUUCCGUAUCGUGUUCAUCACAUGAAUCCAAGCACAAAAUUGCUAAUCGUUGUUAGAGAUCCAGUGCAGCGUGCAAUAUCAGAUUAUACGCAAGCGGCAAGCAAACGAAAAGAAAUGAAAACAUUUGAAGAGCUCGCAUUUUUAAACCUUACCGCAGGUGUCGUCGACACAAAUUGGGGACCGAUCAAAAUUGGACUCUAUGCACGACAUCUCGAACGAUGGAUAAAAUACUUUAGCUUGUCACAGUUUUUAUUCAUCAGUGGCGAACGCUUGAUUAGUGACCCAGCAUUUGAAAUUGGUCGCGUACAAGACUUUCUCGGUUUGAAGCGUAUCAUAACCGAAAAAUAUUUUUAUUUUAAUUCAUCAAAGGGCUUUCCAUGUCUCAUCAAAUCGGAGUCGCGUUCAACGCCUCAUUGUCUUGGCAAAAGUAAAGGUCGUAGCCAUCCCUCCAUCAGUUCAAGUGCUUAUAAACAUUUGAAAGAAUUUUAUCGUCCUUACAAUCUGAAAUUUUAUCAAAUGACUGGCAUCGAUUUUGGAUGGCCAUAAAUUUGUUUUUUAUAAAUGAGGAAAUAUCUCGUUUUCUUAUGUCCGCCAAAGCCAAUGUUCAUCAGCAACCAUUUCAUAUAAUCAAAAAAGCUAGUGAUAUGACUGUAUUUAAGUUAGAUGACUGAUUUAUUUGGUGCAUUUCAAAACGGUUGAAGUUUAUUAGGGAUUUUUUUAAAAUUAAACAAUUGAAAAUUCGAGUGCCUCAACAACAGAUGCACAACGCAAAGUUUACAUAAUUCAUUUUUUUAAAUGGAAAUUAGCAAUUGUAGGAUAAUAAAAAUUUGAAAAUCGUUGUAAACCGUGAAUGGUUAAAUGAUCUAAUUAUCAUUAUAAUAUUAGCCGUCCUACAAA